AGGUAGUGUCACAAAAGGGGCGGGGCGCGGCGGUCGCGGAGCGUUGUCGGUCAGUGCCUUACGUGGAGUCGCUCGUGGGGUCGCUGGGCCCUGUCGACCUGUGGGCGGGCGAGCGAGCCAGCGGACAAGACUGCAGGUACAAAACUCAAAAAAUGAACAACAAUAUAUAUUACCAGUCUUCAAACCUGAUUUGGCUAGAACUGGAAUAUAGUUGCCUACGACAUAGUUUAGAAGAACUAGAAAAAUCAAAGUAAUGGAUAACAGAAAAGAGCCUCCAUUCUUCAAUGAUGAUAACAUGGGACCAUAUUACUACAGACUUCAUUUCUAUGAUACCAUGGAGCUCUUCAUUGAAACAUUAACUGGAACAUGUUUUGAGCUGAGAGUUUCACCUUUUGAAACUAUUAUUUCUGUGAAAGCAAAAAUUCGAAGAUUGGAAGGUAUUCCCAUCUGUCGACAGCACUUGAUUUGGAAUAACAUGGAACUUAAAAAUGAUUAUUGCUUGAGUGAUUACAACAUUUCAGAAGGGUGUACCUUAAAGCUAGUUUUGGCUAUGCGUGGUGGACCUAUAAAUACUAGAAGAGUUCCUACAGAAGAUCCACUUAGGAAGAUGGCAGAGUACUUGGAUUCCAGUCCAGUUGAGGUCUGGGAGAAGACCUCCUGCAACAAACAAGUUACAUUUUUGUUGUACCGAGAAGGAGAUCAAUUGAAUUUCUUUCCUGCAGUAGAUAGGGGAGAUGGCACUUCAACACCGUUAUCUGACUCUUCAAAGAAAAUAGGUUUUCAUUUGCAUGUCUUAUGGAGAAAAGGAGAACAUCGUAUGAGGAAACCCAAGCUCCUCAGGUUAGUGUAUGAGUCCUUUGACAACCUGUCACCAUAG